UUAUUUUUAUCCAGAACACAAAUUACUUCUUCUCCAUCUGCUCUCUCUCCCUCUCACUCUCUCUGUGACGAUGGCGUCCUCUUCUCUCUCGACAUGUUGUCAUCUCAGCUCUUCUUUAUGGAAUACUAACAAUAAUAACGACAAGUCUAAGAUGUCCUCUUCGUUUUUAGCUUCCCCAAUUAGCUUGUCUUCUCUUCAAUUCUUUCACCAUAAAACUUCCCAAACUCCGCGCCGUCGUCUCUCAGUUAUCGCAAUGGCUCCUCCUAAGCCAGCUGGCAAGGCAAAGAAAGCGGUAGGAUUGAUAAAGCUGGCUCUGGAGGCGGGGAAGGCAACGCCUGCUCCUCCGGUGGGGCCAGCACUUGGUGCCAAAGGUGUAAACAUUAUGGCAUUCUGUAAGGAUUACAAUGCUAAAACUGCUGAUAAAGCCGGUUAUAUCAUUCCUGUUGAAAUUACCGUCUAUGAUGAUAGAAGCUUCACUUUCAUUUUGAAGACACCACCUGCCUCUGUGCUCUUGCUUAAGGCUGCAGGAGUGGAGAAAGGUUCUAAAGAUCCACAAAUAGAGAAAGUGGGUAAAGUCACAAUUGAGCAAUUGCGUGCAAUAGCUGCUGAAAAGCUACCAGACUUGAAUUGCACCUCAAUUGAGUCAGCAAUGAGAAUUAUAGCAGGUACUGCUGCUAACAUGGGAAUUGAUGUUGAACCCCCUGUUCUUGAACCAAAAAAGAAGGAAGUCUUGUGAUCCUGUCAAUUCUUUGUUGUUUUGAUUUUGCUAUUUGAGUGUUUUAUAGUAGUGGAAGACUUGUUUUGAUGUUCAUUGCCUGCGAAGUUGUCAUCUUGAGUAUAUAGAUUAUAAUGUGAUUCAUGACUAGAGCUUUAUUGGGAAAGAAGGGAAAAGGAAAACAAUCUGCCAAGUAUUGAUCCUUA